AUGUAUGCCCUUUUUUUUCUUUUUCUGUCCAAGGUGGAAACAAAAUCAAGUGCAAAGCUUCAGAAGCAGAUAUGCCAAGUUGUUCUCAAUCAUUUUGAGAAGCAGUACUCCAAGGAGUUGGGAGAAGCAUGGAAUUCAGUCAGGAGAGUGCUGACAACCCCCCAGUGUUGGCAAUAUGCUGUUCUCCUUAAUCCGUUCCAUUUUUCCUCUGAAGUGGAGAAUGACUUGCUUUCAAAGGGUUAUCGGCUCCUUUUCCCAGGAUCCUCAUCCUGCUUUCGGCGGUCGUUCAAGUGUUACAUCACUAGCACUCCUGGUAGAUUCCCUGCUCAGAAACACAGAGCUGGCAGACUGAAGGAAUAUUAUCUCCUGAAUGCGGCUUCUAUUCUGGCAGUGAUGGCCCUGGAUAUAGAGAACGGGGAGAAGGUUUUGGAUAUGUGUGCUGCUCCAGGGGGUAAAUCGAUAGCGAUGCUUCAGUAUGCCUGCCCAGGUCUUCUGCAAUCCAAUGAAUAUGAUAAUUUGAGGUCAAAUUGGCUGAGGAAUACACUAGAAUCUUUCAUCCCAGAAUCUUUGCUGAAUCUAGUUAUCAUUUCUCAGUUGGAUGGAAGACAAAUUGGAAAUCUCCAACCUGAAAGAUUUGAUAAGGUACUAGUGGAUGCCCCAUGCUCAAACGACAGAAGCUGGUUAUUCUCCUCUGAUAUCCAGCAGGCCACUGUAAGGUUAGCACAAAGGAAAGAAUUAUCUGCUGUACAGAUACAGCUGCUAAGGUCUGCAAUCAAGACCAUGCGCCCAGGAGGAUCUCUGGUUUAUUCCACGUGCACUCUUUCUAAGGCAGAGAACAGUGACGUCAUAAGUCACAUCAUCAACACCUGCAGCAAUGUUCUGCCUGUGGAUAUAAGCACCCUCGCCAGAGGUGCAUCCAAAGAAUUCGCUCUUGCUUCAGAUGUCCAGCGGCAUGAACUUUUAAUACUUCCAGAAGUAGGAAGAGCAUGGGGCCCAAUGUACAUAUCUAAACUAAAGAAAGUAUGA